GGGGACGUGUGCAUAACGGGUCAUGACAGCGGGCCAGUGUUUGAGGAGCAGCCCAGCAGUGUGGUCUACCCAGAGGAACUCAGUAAGGGAACAGUUACUCUCAACUGCCAGGCUAGAGCCAGCCCUGCUGCUAUGUACAGGUAAGAACACACACACACACAUCAGAGAAGCAGUCAUCAGAGAGGUGGGACAGGUACUAAGUGCUCAUCUCUACAGCGUUAUGUAACUUCUUCCCCUCCCUGUCCGGUAGGUGGCGUGUGAAUGGUACGAAUGUCCCGGUAGGGGACCCCCAGUACACACUGGUAGCCGGUAACCUGGUGAUCAGUGGUCCCCUGUACGGCCGUGAUGGAGGCUCCUACCAGUGUCUGGCCAUCAACCGCUGUGGCACCAUACUCAGCCGGGUCGCCAACCUCAAAUUCGGCUGUAAGUACAUUAAUUUAUUCAUUUAUUUUAUAUUUCUCUCAGUGUUGAAGCAUAUUAAUCAAGAUGUAUUGGAUCCAAGUUAUUAUUCAUCAAACUAUAUUUUGUGUAGAUAUCAUCUCAUUACAUUGAUUGGCUUACAUAAUGAAAAGAAGAAAUUGCUCAGUGAGGAGUACACUUUCAUCUUGUGGUACUCUUGACUGGAUUUAAUUGAUUUUUUUCCUUGUUUUGUUUAGUUUGUUUCUAUCUUCCUGUGAUAUCCUUCUUUAUUGUUAUUUUUUAGACCUCCAUGACUUCCCUGGGGAAGGGCAGAGCCCACAGACAGCUUACGAGGGUGCAGGUGCCUUCCUGGCCUGUCAGGCCCCCGCCCACUACCCAGGUACACACACAAACACAUAUGCUCAAUCUCUGCUUCCUCUCUGAGUGCUCUCUUGAACUAGUUUGUGGAAUGUUUUCAUCAAUAAGCCCCUAUUUAUGGCACAUUGAUUAAGUCUCAUUCUCCUCCUCCUCUCUCUCUUUCUCUCUCUCCUUUCUCUCUCUUUCUGUCUCUCUUUUGUCCUCUCAUUAGCGCUGUCCUACCGCUGGAUCGUUAACGAGUUCCCCAGCUUUGUGAAGCCUGAUGGGGGUCGGUGGUUUGUCUCCCAGGUAACGGGCAACCUGUACCUGGCCAAGGCGGAGCUUAACGAUACAGCAAGCUACUUUUGUUUCACCACAGUCAACAUGGACAUCAGCACCAAGAGUACCUUCAGCAAGGCCAACCAGCUCACCGUACAGCCACACGGUACAGGAGUGUGUGUGUGUAUGUGUGUGUGUGUGUGUGUGUGUGUGGGUAGCUGAGUAGAGAGAAAAUAACUAUUCAAGACUCUGUUUCUCUUACAUGGUAAUUGUGCAGCUUUGAAAAGCUUUUGACAUUUCAAUUGACAAUUUCGGGAAAAUGCUAUGUGUUUCUCCUCUAAGAGGGGAGACUUGAAGUGCAGGUGUAGCCUAUAAUUUGCUUUAUUUCACAUCAGCCAUUUUCUCUGUUGUUGACAUGUCCGCUCUAUUAACCACAGCCAAUGCCAGGAAGUCAGCUCCUGCUAUCAAAGUGCGUUUUCCAGCAGAGACCUACGCCCUGGUAGGACACACCACCCAGCUGGAAUGCUUUGCCUAUGGAAAGUAAGUCCCUGAUCCAUGUUAUUGUCCCACAAUGUUAGAAAUCUCAGAUUUUCAAGUUUCAUGUUUUAAUGUCACAUGUAUAGUUAAAUGCCUUUCUUGCAAGCUCUAACCCCAAUAAUGCAGUAAUCAAUAACAAUGUAAUACUAAAAAUAACAAGGUAGAACAAAAACACACAAUAUAUAAAAAUAAGAAUAACACGAUAUAGUAAAUAAGCAUUCUAUAUACAGGAUUUGUUGUAUUUCUUCUGUACUCACACACUCUCCCUGCAUUCCUCUUCUUGCCUCUCCCUCCCUCUCCUCGCCUUGUACCUUCCUCCCAUUUCCUCUACGUCCCACCUCAAUGCCUCUCUCCCUCUUUAUCCCCCACUGCUUCCCUUCCCUCACCUUAGUCCCGUCCCAAAGUUGCGUUGGAGGAAGGUGGAUGGUCUGUUGCCGUCUAAGUCCGGGGCCAGUGCAGAGGGACCCAUCCUCACUCUGCCUGAGAUGACCUUCCAUGACGAGGGCAUGUACGAGUGUGAGGCCUACAACUCUGAGGGCCGCGACACACACCAGGGACGCAUCACCGUGCAAGGUAGGGUAGAGACACAAACACACACACACACACACAAGCCCAAAACAACAAAGCUUACACUCAUCAUAACCUGAUCUACACUGAACAAAAAUAUAAACGCAACAAUUUCUAAGAUUUUACUGAGUUACAGAUCAUAUAAGGAAAUCAGUCAAUUGAAAAAUCAUUAGGCUCUAAUCUAUGGAUUUAACAUUACUGGGAAUACAGAUAUGCAUCUGUUGGUCACAGAUACCUUUAAAAAAAGGUAUGGGCGUGGAUCAGAAAACCAGUCAGUAUCUGGUGUGACCACCAUUUGCCUCAUGCAGCACGACACAUCUCCUUCGCAUAGAGUUGAUCAGGCUGUUGAUUGUGGCCUGUGGAAUGUUGUCCCACUCCUCUUCAAUGGCUGUGCAAAGUUGGUGGAUAUUGACGGGAACUGGAACACGCCGUCGUACACAUCGAUCCAGAGCAUCCCAAACAUGCUCAAUGGGUGACAUGUCUGGUGAGUAUGCAAGCCAUGGAAGAACUGGGACAUUUUCAGCAUCCUGGAAUUGUAUACAGAUCCUUGCAACAUGGGGCGGUGCAUUAUCAUGCUGAAACAUCAGGUGAUGGCGGCGGAUGAAUGGGCCUCAGGAUUUCGUCACGGUAUCUCUGUGCAUUCAAAUUGCCACACUGUCUGCCAUCUGCCCGGUACAGUUGAAACCGGGAUUCAUCUGUGAAGAGCACUCUUCUCCAGCGUGCCAGUGGUCAUCGAAGGUGAGCAUUUUCCCACAAAAGUCGGUUACGACUCCGAACUGCAGUCAGGUCAAGACCCUGGUGAGGAUGACGAGCACGAGAUGAGCUUCCCUGGGACGAUUUCUGACAGUUUGUGCAAAAAUUAUUCAGUUUCAUCAGCUGUCCAGGUGGCUGGUCUCAGACUAUUCAGCAGGUGAGAAAGUCGGAUGUGGAGGUCCUCGGCUGGCGUGGUUACACGUGAUCUGCGGGUGUGAGGCCUGUUGGACGUACUGCCAAAUUCUCUAAAAUGACGUUGGAGGCAGCUUAUGAUAGAGAAAUGAACAUGAUACAGUGGCUUACGAAAGUAUUCACCCCCCUUGGCAUUUUUCCUAUUUUGUUGCCUUACUGUCAUGAGCCUCUCACUCCACCGGGUUACCACCUUAAUUUUCUUCCACUCUGCUCACCACUCUCUCUACUCAGCCUAACUAGCUCCACCUGUCCCUGCUCUGCUCUGCUCUAAUUACUCUGCCAGCUGCGCUGCAUUACCCACUACCUCUCCCAGUAUUUAAGGCCCUGUCUUUCAGCUCUCCGGUGUCAGAUCGUCUGCAAAGCUCACACCCGGAACCUGUUUGCUCGCGCUUCUGGCUCACCCUGGUUUUGUGACCCCGGACCUGCCUGAUUUUUGGAUACUCUUCUGCCCCAGGAGAUCCAGACCUGCUUCUGCCAUAACGACUCCUGACUACUCUUCAAUCCCGGUAACUCUGACCAGCCUUCUGCCUUGCUACUACGUAUUUUGGAUUUCCCUUGAACUGUACUGCUGCCUUGUUUCAUUCCGCCCUGUUGUGUCUGUGUCUCCCCCCCCAGGACUCUGGACCACCACCACCGGCUUCAUAGGACGCAUCGCUGCCACUGGGGGGGGCACAGACCCAGCACAUUGGACGGGAUCCCUGUUACCCCUGGAGCCUUCAUUCACUCCCUACUUCCCUUUUCCCUUAAGUUUUAAUAAACUUUCUGGUGUGACGCAAUUGUGGUCCUCUGGUCGUCUGUCUGAACCGUGACAGUACGAUCUGACCAUUAUGGACUCAGCGCACACUUUCCCCGACAGGGAAACCGAUGGAGCAUAAGCAGCAGUUCCAGCAGCAGCAACAACAAACUCGCCAUGAUCAUUCAACUCCCUCACCAACCUUACCCCAGCCGUCUGCCCACCAGCCCUGCCCCCGAGUUUACCUGCCCGGGUCAUUGCAGCCGCUGCUCCGGAACCCAAGAUUGGAAACCCCGAGCGGUUCAACGGCGAUUCAACCCAGGUCCGGCCAUUCCUGACUAGCUGCCAACUUCAGUUCUCCUUGCAGCCAAGGACCUUCGCCACGGAGGGGGCUAAAGUUGGGUAUGCCAUCCCUCACCUGAGGGCCGAGUCGACUCUGGGGGAAACAGCAGAGUUCGAACGUCCAAACCCCCGCAGGGCAAAAACCCUUCGACCUGUUUGCUGAGGAGAAUGUUUCUCCCUAGGGAGACUUGAAUGCAGGUGUACCUAAUUUGCUUUAUUCACCAGCAUUUUCUCUGUUGUUGACAUGUCCGCUCUAUUAACAACCAAUGCCAGGAUGCUCUGCUAUCAAAGUGCGUUUCCAGCAGAGACCUACGCCCUGGUAGGACACACCCACCCAGCUGGAAUGCUUUGCCUAUGGAAAGUAAGUCCCUGAUCCAUGUUAUUGUCCCACAAUGUUAGAAAUCUCAGAUUUUCAAGUUUCAUGUUUAAUGUCACAUGUAUAGUUUAAAUGCCUUUCUUGCAAGCUCUAACCCAAUAAUGCAGUAAUCAUAACAAUGUAAUACUAAAAAUAACAAGGUAGAACAAAAACACACAAUAUAUAAAAAUAAGAAUAACACGAUAUAGUAAAUAAGCAUUCUAUAUACAGGAUUUGUUGUAUUUCUUCUGUACUCACACACUCUCCCUGCAUUCCUCUUCUUGCCUCUCCCUCCCUCUCCUCGCCUUGUACCUUCCUCCCAUUUCCUCUACGUCCCACCUCAAUGCCUCUCUCCCUCUUUAUCCCCCACUGCUUCCCUUCCCUCACCUUAGUCCCGUCCCAAAGUUGCGUUGGAGGAAGGUGGAUGGUCUGUUGCCGUCUAAGUCCGGGGCCAGUGCAGAGGGACCCAUCCUCACUCUGCCUGAGAUGACCUUCCAUGACGAGGGCAUGUACGAGUGUGAGGCCUACAACUCUGAGGGCCGCGACACACACCAGGGACGCAUCACCGUGCAA